UUAAGGAAUAUUCUGUCGCUGUCAGUUCAGAGUUCUGAGUCUCAGAGUGUCUCUGUUAUCGGAAGCGCUCUCGUUUCUUCGCCGAACCUCAUAGAGUCAUAGUCAUAGUAGUUGCACUCGAAAAAUAAAAUCAAAUAAAGAAAAAACCCUAGAACCGCCAUGGAUAAUUUAAAAGCUUCGUACAAAGACGAAGAGGAAGAAGACGGGGCACCAACCACCGCUGUAACAACCACCAGCACCGCCUCCGACACGCCAACGGAAGCCCAAAACGACGGCAGAUCGGAGCCCGACCCUUCCGACAUGUCUGAUGACGAACCCGUCUCUGACGAAGGUUCCCUGAAGAAGUCGCCGAAGUCGCCUGCAAGAGACGAUGGCGGCGGCGGUGACAACGACGAGGACGACGAGGAACCUCCACCGAAGAAGCAGAAGCAGCUCUCCAAAUUGACCGCUGAAACCGUUACCGUUAAGAUCGAAUCUUCUCCGGUAGCUGCGGAAUUGCCAGAAGGAGCUAGCAACGGCGACGCCAAUGCGGCCGUGUCAACGCCGGCCACAACGGCCACGGGAACAACGGGGACGAAUUCGAAGAAAUCUAAGAAGAAGAACAACAAUGUGUGGGUAACGAAAUCGAAGAAAUCAAAGAAGAAGAACAAGGCUAACAACAAUAACAACAAUCACCACGGCGCAAACGGCGAAGACACGGUGCUUAUAACGCCGGUGCCAAGGUUCCCAGACAAGAGCGACGACACGGCGGAGAUGAAGAUCUGCCUCUCGAAGGUGUACAAGGCGGAGAAGGUUGAGCUGAGCGAGGACCGAAUGGUGGCAGGGAGCACGAAGGGCUACAGAAUGGUGAGGGCAACGAGAGGGGUGGUUGAAGGAGCGUGGUACUUCGAAAUUAGGGUUUUGCAUUUGGGGGAAACAGGGCACACACGGUUGGGGUGGUCCACUGAGAAAGGUGACUUGCAGGCACCGGUUGGUUACGAUGGGAAUAGUUUUGGGUAUAGGGAUAUUGAUGGGAGUAAGGUGCAUAAGGCUCUGAGGGAGAAGUAUGGAGAAGAAGGGUAUAAGGAAGGUGAUGUUAUUGGUUUCUAUAUCAACUUGCCUGAAGGGGAGAAGUAUGCCCCAAAGCCACUGCAUUUGGUUUGGUAUAAAGGACAGAGAUAUGUUGUUGCUCAAGAUGCUAAGGAAGAUCCUCCCAAAGUUGUGCCUGACUCGGAAGCAUGUGGAGAAUACAGCUUGCCAUGUUUUCAAUCAAAGCCAUUUAAUGGAAAUUGGUAGCAGGUAUGGAAGAAGGGAAAGCAUUUUAAAAAUAUGUAAGAUAUACAAAGCAGAUCUGCAGAACAUACUGAAUAAAAAGUGAAGUCCUUCAACCAGCCAUUGCAUAGUUAACGGCUGUGAACGAUUAAUACCUCACGAACAAGCAAAGAAAUAGUCAGAAAUGCAUGUGUCUGUUAUUUGUGUGAAGGUGGCCAGAAAUAGUCUGAGAUUUUGCUCAGAACAGAGACUAGGCACUUAAGAUUAAGAAAGCAGACAUGAGAGAUAGAUGGCAGUGAUGACACUUUGAGAGUAGCUACCUGAGAUGAGAUACUUUGUCCAAGCGUGCCCCUCACAGCCAAGAAAAGAUGAGAGGGAAGAGAGUGAAAUUUGACUGUUGAAUGAGGUUUCCCUUGUUUUUCACAAGAGUGGGAAGAGUCAGAAAAAUAUCCUCUAAAAUUUUAUAAACUAUAGGUUAGAGGAUAUGAAGCAUGGACACUUGUUUUAGGUUGUUGUGUCCACAUGUUGGACAUAUUCCAGAUAAACACUUGUCCGACUUGCUGGUGUUCUGUGUCAAACUGUCUUCAUAAAAAAUAAAAAGUAUUUCUCUAGACAUGCUUUGACACACCCAAAUAUGAUUGCGUAUUGGCAUAUC